UUUCUUGUCGAUGAAUCGUAUGUCCUCCCACACAUGACUGAAUACAAAAUUGGUUCUGAAGAAGUAAUACAACAAGGGAUGGGCACUCUUGGAACAGUGGAACCACACGGGCCUUGGCCAUAUAAAAGGAAUGGAAAAAAUAUAUUUUACCCUCUGUUACCUGAAAUGACGCAGGGUGAAGUUGAGUUGUCUGAAGGUAUAAUGAGUGCCGCAAUCGGUUUCUCCUAUGAAGAUGAAAGAAGGAAAAUAGUUGAAAAUAGGUUCGAAGGCAUUGCCAUUUUUGUUGAUGAACUGUUUCGUCUAGGAUGCUUGGAACGAAGAUGA